GUGCAAAGCAUGAUUCGAGAGGACAUAUUAAAACGAUAUGACGACGUGUCGGGCAGAACACAAAGUGAUGGAUGCGUUUUAUAACCGUUCACCAGGGAUCGAUCACGCUUAAAUUCGCAUGCUGGAAAUGGAAGGAGCUACAGAUCGGCCUGACGUUUGUGCACUCGACAUGCGUUCCAUGACGUCUAACGGCCGCACGGAGACACCGAAGGGAGACAGCGUCAGACAUCACCCCAGCCCGGCGUACGCCUCUGCGGCCGACGACAGUGGUUUCUACGACUUGUGCCCCAACUCGGACGUAGACGAGAGUGAGUAUGUCGCGACGCUUAUCAGGCCGCCGACAUCGGCAAACGCUGGUCACCGGAUGCCAAAUGCGGAGAUGAACUGGACACAUAGGGAUCGGCUGCUGCGAAUGUCGCAGAUAACAACUAUUGGGAACACUGCGUCCGGUCCGUUCGGGUACGGCAAUGGAAACAGCAAACAUUUGCCAUUAGCAAAUUGUAUGAAUUGGACAUCGUUACAUACACAUUCAUCACCAUUUACGUACAAGACCAUACCUUGCAUUGAGCGCCCAACGGCUCUUCAUAUUAAAUGGACAUCACAGCGUCAUUCGUCGCCAGCAGCCGCAACGCCCAGUUCCCCAAUAAGCAACCCACUAAAACCUGCACCAAUAAUGAAUUUAUCAGCAAGUUUUGACCGGUUCUACGCGACACUCUCUCCGUCAACAGAUUAUCUAACUUCGCUUACUCUUAGAAACCAGUUGUCGCCAAUAGCGCGCGGUGGGAGAGUUCCAAAAUGGCAUAAACCACCUGAGGCCGCCAAUUUGGUAGGUAAAAUGCCCCAUAUUGACGCUAUGCUUCCAAGGACUAGAGCUCGAAACAAGUAUAGUAUAGAGCACCUGUCGCCAUGCAAACGGCCAAUAUUUAAAGAAACAAGGCCAAGUGCGUACCCUAUUGCUAAUUUAUCUACGAACCAUAAAGACGAAACUGAGAAUUUUAUUCAAAGCGACAUAAUACGAGAGCAUCCAUGUUUUUCAACAAAAGAAGAAAGCCUACGAAUUAAACAAAAGAACCUUCAGAAGGGGGUCGAUACUACGAGGAGUAGUAGCACAUACAGCGUUCUGUGCAGUGAUAUCAGUGAUGUGUCGUCGCUGAACAGCGUUCUGUGCAGUGAUAUCAGCGAUGUGUCGUCGCUAAGCGACACAACAGCUUCCGACGGGUCAAGCGAAGAGCUGGAGACGCCGUUGUCGUCGUCGGCACUGCAGAAACCACGAAGAGCGACAGGCGGCUCGACGCGGAAGUCGUUCCGACCGGUUCGAAGUCCGUUAGCGAAAGACCCGGUAUUUCGCGGCGCCACUGUGCGGCUCAGGACUGCGUAUCAGAACGGAACGACCAGUCUGCAAAUCACCGCUGUUUUCAGCAAUGUUGAACGCUCGCGAGGUGACAAGGUUAACGCAGAAGUGCCUCAGAUCGCUCCGCCGAAGAAAGAGCACCCUGUCUGCACCAGGAAUCCGCAUUAUUCGUUGAGCGGUUCAUCAAAGACAUGCGCCUCAUGUAAGACGCGCCGAACGCCUCUGUGGAGGGACUCUGAGGACUGGCACGCCGCUCUGUAACGCCUGUGGAAUACGGUACAAGAAGUACAGGGUGCGCUGCAGCAAAUGCUGGCACAUACCGAAGAAAGACCUGCACUCCCACCAGAGGUGUCCGCAAUGCAAUGCAUGUUUGAAUGUGUGUAUUUACAAGAAAAUAUAAUAUUUAUACAUGUA